AUGCGCUCCUCCGUCGCCUGCACCGUGGCCUUCGUCGCCUCUCUGGCUUCCGCCAACCCUCUCAUCAACCGCAACCAGGGCGGCUGGGAGUUCCCCGAGUCGAUGCCCCUCGUCACCCGCCAGGACGUCCCCGCCCCCGGCACGCCCGCCUACCUCUGCCACGAGAACUGCGGUACUUCCAUCACCUUGUCCCGCGAGACAGGCUACUGCACCAACUACCAGUGGAUCGCUCGCUACGAUGCCUGCCUGCAGUGCGCCAACGCCCAGAACGUCUGGCAAUACUACGGAAACUCCGUCACUGCUGCGGCUGCUGCCUGUGGCCUUACCGCUGUUCCUGUCUAG